AUGACUCGGAUUUAUGCAGAAGAUGAUGCCAUACCCCAUGGCUGGCAAACUCGACAGCCAGGGCUCAUUCUCUGGGCAUUUGUAUCAGUAUUCCGGGUCCUGUUCUCCUCGUUUUUCUACGCAGCUUACUACAUCCCCACCUCGUGUCGACAGAGCCCCCAAUGGACAUAUUCCCAAGCGCUUCGAGUCCGACUAUUGAAAAUCCUCUUUGGUGUUGUCACCGAGCUCGGCUUCAGUCAAUCGCUGAGUUUAGAAGCGGGUCCGAUAAGCGAUCAGUGGGUUAUUCUGAGCCCCGCCCCGGACGGAUCAUAUCUUGGUGGCUUUGCAAGAGGGCUUGUGGAGCCAGAUAGGAUUGGAGCGACAUGGUAUCCAGCACCAACACCUACGAGCGCCGAACUGAAAGACGACAGUCUGAUCGUUUUAUCCUUUCACUCCGGCUCAUUCCUAUGGCUAGAUGGACGACCAGGGGACUCAGGCUUCGUUGCUAAUAUGGUCAACCAGAAACUCGGCGCUGGGACUCGUUCACUUUGGGUACAAUAUCGUCUGUCUGGAGGCAAGAACCCGGUUACUUACCCAGGACCCAUGCAAGACGCAAUAACCGCAUACCACUACCUAGUGAAAGAGCUGGAGAUUUCACCAUCGCGAAUCAUACUGACAGGCGACUCUUCAGGCGCGACGAUCGCAAUGGCUUUGAUACGCUAUCUCGCUUCGAAAGAAAUCAUUAACACCGACUUUGCUGACCUCCCACCACCCAAAGCAUGCCUACUAUUCUCACCCUCCGUCGAGUACAGCUUCGAAGGUGACUCCCAAGCUGUUGAAGAACAUCGGAACCAGAAAACAGAUUAUUGUGGUGGACCAAUGGCUGCAUGGGGUGCCCGAGCAGUAGCACCACCGGAUGUCGUGCGAUUAGAUGACCCUUACCUCUCGCCAGGACUCCAUCCCUUCGAAACGCCAGUGCCAAUUUUUGCUCAAGCUGGCGGUGCUGAGGUACUUUGUGACACCGUGAAAGGGUUUGUGGAUCGGAUGCGCUCCAUCUCUGGAAAUCAAAUUGAGUAUUUGGAGGUUCCUAAUCUCCCACACGACAUCUAUGCCAUCGGCAGACCUCUCGGAUGGACGAAGGAACAGGAAGAAAUGAUUGAUUCAGCUGUGAAAUUUGCUCUUAAGCUGUGA